AUGGCGAUUGUGCAGAUAAAUUCAAAGGCAAAAAAUCUAUUAUAUAAUUCUAUAAGCGGAGAAGAAUUUGAGAAAAUAUCAAGUUGUGAUACAACCAAAAAAAUGUGGGAUAAACUUGAAGUUACCUACGAAGGUACCGGUAAAGUAAAAGAAACAAGGAUAAACCGUCUGAUUCGUGAUUAUGAGUUGUUUCAAAUGAAGGAAGAUGAAUCCAUUGAAGACAUGUUUGGCCGAUUUAGCAAAAUAGUUGUAGAUCUAAAAUCCUUUGGAAGACCAUAUUCAAAUGGUGAACAAGUCAGAAAGAUUCUAAGAAGUUUACCCACCUUAUGGCAACCAAAAGUUGUUGCUCUUGAAUACGGAGAUCUCGACAAACUAUCAUAUGAUGAACUUCGUGGAGACCUUAUAGCCUUUGAGCUAACCCAUCUCAAAAAGCAUGGACAUGAAGAGAAGAAAAAGAGUGUUGUUUCUAAAUCAACUAUUGCUGAGUCUGAAAGUGAAGCCGAAGAAGAAGGAGACAAACAUGAAGAUGAUAUUGCAUUAUUUUCUAGAGUUGUCUCUAACACGACACGAAGAAGCAAGAAAAAUGGAAGAGUCAAUUCAAGUUCUAGAAAAGGUAAUGAAAUAAGUGAGCAUAAAAACAAUGACAGAAAGUGCUACAAAUGCGGAAAUUAUGGUCACAUCCAAGCCAACUGUCUAGAACUAAAAAGGAAACUAUCCAAGGGUAAUAGAAAGAGAAAAUAUUCCAGCGUAUGGAGUGAUGAAUAUAUGCUAAAUAAAAAUCAUAAUGGAGUUGUCAACCUUUGUUUCAUGGCACGAAGUGAGACAAGUGAGAAAAGAAAAUCUAUUGGUAUCUGGAGUGAUGAAGAUAUAUCAGACUACGAUCAUGAGGAAUCUACGAGCAACUGCAUCAUGGCCCCAAGUGAAACAAGUGAGGUAAGAUUUCAUGAUUGUGAGAAAAUGUAA